UUGCCUACGGCUAUGAGAGAAAGCCCUACCUUGCAAUCAUAACUCGAUUUGCGCAUCGGCAGGGCUUGCGUGGCCGUUCUUCCAUUUAAACAAUGCAAAAUUAGCCGCUACUACGCUACACUUGGUAAUGCAAGCAGCUGCGCGCGCGCAGGUCGGCAGGGCGCUCGUUGGAUGGACUGCGCCCUGCGAGCGCGGCCGGAAUCGAGCUGCGGCACUCCUACAAUACUUAAAGUCGCUCAAUCCAUCGCCGGCGAGCGCUUGCGCUGCGCAGUGGCCUCGGGAUGCCGACACGCACGCGCUGCUGCCGGUGCUGGUGCUGCUACUGCCCGGGCUCGGCUCUUUGUCACGAGGCAGUGGGGCAGGCGCCGCAACGGACAGCGUCUCUGGAGCUGUCGAGGCUACGGCAAGGAAGUUGUGCAGAGUGGGAGCAGCGCAGAGCACCACACACGCCGGCGGGAGCCUGGCGGCGUCGCUCACAAGCCUAGGCAGCUGCGGCGGCCUUGGUCGAGCGCCUUUCAUCCCCACAAACCUCCACAACACCAACCCCGCCUCUGCAGCUCACAGACAGUGCCUACAAGUGCAUCACAGUCGCUGCGCCAGCACUGGCACGAACGCCGGCACGGGCGCGGCCGGCGGCGCACGCGCAGGGAACGCUACAACUUCCGCCGGGACGGCGGCAUUCCCCGCCUCCGCCUCCGCCUCCGCCUCCCGCUCCUUCUCAUCCACCUGCUCGUCAUCCUCCGCAUCAGCAGCCUCGUCUUCAGCGGCAGACGCGGCAGAGGCGGCCCUGACCGACCUGCGUUCGCCGGCGUCCUGGUACCCCCUGGCGCGAAGCAUGCGGCGGCGCGUGGUGGCGCACCUGGGGCCCACCAACUCGGGCAAGACGCACGCUGCUCUGGAGGCUAUGCGGGCGGCGCCGAGCGGCCUGUACUGCGGCCCGCUCCGACUCCUGGCCUGCGAGGUUGCCGACCGGCUGGCGGCGGAGGGGCUGCCCUGCCGCCUGGUGACGGGGCAGGAGGUGCGCACCGCGGUGCCGCCCGAGGCGCCACCACCACCACCACCGGGCGCCACUGCGGGCGCUGCCGGGGCCUCCUCCUAUUCUUCCUCCUCUUCCUCCUCUUUCUCCUCCUCCUCUGCCGCCUCCGGUGCCUCCUCGUCCGCGCCUGGGACCAGUGGGCGCGGCGCGGGGCCCAAGUACGUGGACGACGAAGAAGCAGGCGCCGCGUUUGGGGCAGCCGGCGGGUUGGCAUCAGGGCCGAGACCAGGGCACCGAGCCGCACCCACAAGCGGCGACGCCAGGGCGGACUCAGGACCCGCAGCAGCAGCAGCCGCAUCGGAACCCGCAGCAGUACGGCACACGGCCUGCACCGUGGAGAUGGCUGACGUGGAGGGCGGGGGUGUCGACGUGGCGGUGCUGGACGAGAUCCAGAUGCUGGGGGACGGGCUGCGCGGCUGGGCCUGGACACGAGCACUGCUGGGGCUGGCGGCACGGGAGGUUCAUGUGGCUGGCGACCCCGCAGUGCUGCCGGUGCUGCGGGCGCUCGUGGCAGAGUGCGGCGAUGAGCUGGAGGUGCGCACCUACAAGCGGCUGUCGCCGCUAGUGGUUCAGGGCGAGGCGCUAGGCGGGCUGGGCGGCGCGGCGGCGGGGGACUGCCUGGUGGGCUUCAGCCGCCGCAGCCUGCACGGCCUGCGGCGAGAGGUGGUGCGCCGCACGGGGCGGGAGGCGUGUCUGGUGUACGGCGCACUGCCGCCCGAGGCGCGGCGGCAGCAGGCGGCGCUGUUCAAUGCGCCGCCGCCGCCGCCCAGGCCCGGCAGCCGGCAGCCGGGCGCUGCCAGGCGGACAGAGGCCUCUGAGGCGGAGUCCGCUGCCAGCCCGGAGGAGGGCAGCAGCGCUGGCGGCGCAGCUGGGAGCGCGGGCAGCAGCGGCUGUGCGUCCGGAGUGGGGCGCUGGGGCCAUUCGCACCCACACGCGCACUCGCACGAGCUGGGACCGGAGGCAGCGAAUGGUGGCAGCGACAGCCGCACCAGCCGCAGCGGCGCGGCCGGCGACGCAAGCGACAGCGACGGCACAAGCGCCAGCACAGCUGCCGGUGGCAGCAGCGCCAGUGGCAGUGGCAGUAGCGGUGGCGGUGGCAGUGCCGGUGGCAGUGGCGGUGGCAGUAGCGGUGGCAAUAGCGGUGGCAGGGGCUCUCGGAUCCUGGUGGCUAGUGACGCAAUCGGCAUGGGCCUGAACCUCAACAUCCGGCGUGUGGUGUUCUCGUCGCUGCACAAGUACGACGGCAGGGCGGUGCGCCCGCUGCAGGCAUCCGAGGUGCGGCAGAUCGCUGGCCGCGCCGGCCGCUUCUCCUCCGCCCACCCCACCGGCUACGUGACCACGCUGCACGCCGCCGACCUGCCGCUGCUGCACGCCGCACUGGCGGAGCCGCCACAGCCCAUCACCCGAGCCUGCCUGCUGCCCAGCUCGGAGCAACUGGCCGCCUACGCCGCCCGCCACCCGGGCCGACCCAUAGCCACCAGCAUGCUGGCCUUCGCCGCCGCCGCCCGCCUGGCGCCCGCCUACCAGUACGGCAGUUAUGAUGGCUCGUACCGCAUCGCGUCGGCGUUACGGCACUUGGAUCCGUAUGGCAGCGGUGACGGUUACUGUGAUGAGGGGGCAGAGGACAGCGAUGUGGAGACGGACGGGGAUGAGCUUGGGGAGGAGAGCGGCAGCAGCAGUAACGGCAGCAGCAGCGGCAGUGUAGGCGGUGGCCGUGGGGAGGUGGGAGAGGACAGCGAGGGAGGGUAUAGCGUCCGAGGAGAUGGCGGCGGCGGCAGGGCCGCGCGGCGGCGCGGCGGCGGCAGCGGCGGUGGCGGCCUGACAGCUGAGGAGCUGUUGUUAUUCAGCACAGCCCCUGCCGACAUGGAUGACCCGCACGUGGCUGCCGCGCUGCUGCGCUUCGCUGAGUUGUACUGCGACAGUGGGCACGUGGGCGUCGACGCCAUCGCGGGACCGGCCUGGGGCCGAGCUCAAGUGCCCCACGAGCCGCCGCGCUCCGAGGCCGAGCUGAAGCGCCUGGAGGCGCUCCACCGCACGUACGACCUGUACGUGUGGUUGGCGUACCGCCUGCCGUUUGCCUUCACAGAAAGGCGGGCGGCGGAGGCGGCGCGGGCGGCCAUCGGCGCGCUGAUUGAGGAGGGGCUGGAUGGACUGGCUCUGGCGGCGGCACUGGGGCGGCGGGGGCAUCACCGCGGGCAGGCGCAGGGGCAGGGGCAGCGGUGGGGGGCAGGGGCGGACUGGAGUGAUGAUGAUGCGGACGGUUACGUUGGCGGCCGUGACCGUGACUGAGGCCGACACUUUUAUUUGCCGUGGCGCAUAAGGCCAGUGGUUUGGUUGCAAGGGUUUGCGCUACCGGCGGAUGGGUUGUAACGUGUACGGUAAGGCUGCGGUUGACAGGAGGCUGAAGCAGUGCAGGCCCCGCACCCGGCCAGUCACACAAAAGCGCUGCCGAGGUCGCGGAAACCGAGCGGUUAGCGGUGCGUCCUGACCAAGCGGUGCUCAAGUCUUUGGGCAGAAUAAUGCCAGCUAAGUGUUUAGUUGUCUUCU